AUGAAUUCUUCCAUUGAUCCUUCAUUAGAUUUGUCUCUUUUUAACAACAUCCUUAACAAAUAAAUCAAGAAAGUGAACAUGAAAAAGCAAAAGAAAGCUAUUCACAAAGAAUUCAAUUAAUCUAAUACACCUAAAAAUGAAGCUAAAUAUAUAUGUGAAUUAAUAAGGCCUUUGAUUCAAUAAGAAAAAUAGUAAGAAGAAGUUUCUAAGUCAAACGAAAAAGGUGGACAUACAUUUGGGUAUUUACUUAAGGAUGUUUUUUCUUUUUAAUUCAAAAUAAUUGCAAUGCAAAUAUAAAAAAAUGAACUUAUCUUUAAUUGCUUGCCUUUUCAAUAAAAUAAAAUAUUUGAAUUAAAAAUAAAUUUUCCUUUUUAUUUAUUUUUAGAGUAAGUUUCUAACUUUUAAGUAGGUUUUGAGAAUUUAAAAAAAUAAUUUUCACCAAAAUAAUUAGAGAUACCUGAAGAAAUUAUUGAAUUUAUUGUUGAUCAUAAUUAAAUUGUUAUUGGAUGCAACAGACAGGUAAAUAAAAAUUGGUUGAAAAUGUUGGGCAUUAAUUCAGAUAUGAUUAUCGAUUAUAUACAAUAAUUUCAAGCAUUUCCUAUAGGUUGGAUUGUAGAUGCUCUUAAAUCUUAUAAUUUCUAUUAAGAUUUUAUGUAAACACAAUCUAUUGCUAUUUGUUUAAUCAACUAUAAUGGAUAGAAAUUUAAUGCUUAAGUAUAAAUAAAAUAUGAAUAAGAAACAAUUUCGAAAAAGAAAAUUGUUGAAAGAUAUAUAAUAACAUAUUUAAUAAACAGAAAAUAAUUAAGUUUGUAAUAAGUUGAGUAGAACUUUGCCAAUUACUUUGGAAUAAAACAGAUUUCUUAAGAAUUAGCUGAUACUUUUAUUGAGCACAUAAAUAAAUAAUGUGGAAUCAAAAAAAUAUGA